AUUAUCGCCAAUCAUUGGAGUACACUUGGACCUUGAGAUAGGUUAUAGCUUCUCUAUUUCUGCACGUUUCGCCUACUCAUUGCCACGAACUUCUGCUCAUCUUGGAGACAUCUCUCAAGUUUUGCUCGGAGAAGAAGAAACUCCAAAACUCCAAGCCUGCGUGGGGAGUGAAGACGAUGAAGCUGAUUCGACCAGAUUAGUACAGCUAGCAGCGUGUGAUGUGAACCGCGUUGAUGAAUUUGAGCUCGGCGCGGUUGGUUGCGAGUACAGAUGGAAUCAGCAAACUGAAUCUGUCUCUCAGUUGAAGACUCUCUGUUAAAAGACUAACGGAGGAAACAAAAGGGCUCUAAGUCGUUCAGAAGGUUCAUCAAGUUCUCAACUUGAAUCAUGAAAUUUGGAUACUAUCUCGGAUUAUUUUGACAAAUAGCCAAUCCCGGAGUCAACUUCCACCAGAGUAGCACAGACGGAGAUCAGAGGAAGCAGUCCUCAGUGAUGUUAGCCAUGCCACAAGCAGUGCUUCUCCUUGCUGUCUCCUGUGCUGCGGUCCUCGCUGCUGGUGUCUCCGGCCAGCCGGUGUCGCCAGCAGCAGAGCGGACCAACUGUCCUGCAAAGUGCGGGGACGUAGAGAUCCACUACCCAUUCGGCGUCGGCCCUGGGUGCUCCGUGGACGCCGGCUUCGAGGUCACCUGCAACGAGACGACGACCCCUCCGAGCCUGCAGUUGGGCAACAUCAUUAUCGCCAACAUCACAUUGGAGAAGGCGCAGAUGGUGGUCUACACCUUCCUGACCUACAGCUGCCGCGUGCCGGGCAGCAACAAUACAGUGGACACGCAGACGAAUAGCAUGGAACUCAGCGUCAGCACCCCGUUCCUGGUGUCGCCGUCGGACAACGUGUUCACGUCCGUCGGGUGUAAUUCAUUGGCCCAGCUCGUUGGCCACAGCGGCACCUACUACCACACCGGCUGCAUCACCACGUGUGCUAGCGUGAACGAAACGGCAGAUGACGGCGCACCCUGCAGCGGGCACGGCUGCUGCGAGGCGUCAAUAAUGCCCGGCCUCUUCCUAGUCAACGUGAGUUGGUCCGACAGGGCGGAGGAGAGCGACUAUCAUGUGCCUGGCAACUUGUGCCAAUAUGCCUUCGUCGCCACCAAAGGCUGGUAUGUACUACUACUUGUUUCUUAUUUUUAUUAGUUUUUUAUAUAUUGAUUAUAUUAUAUGGCCAUUCAAAGGGUUAUAUAUGCAUAUAAAUUGUACUGCUAGCUAUUCUUGCUUCACUACUUAUUACCUUUUCAAGUUGAAUUUUUUUAUUA